GGCUCCCUGGGUCCGGACGCAGCGGCCCCCGGAGGACCGGGCUUGGUCGCAGAGCUGGGCCCGGGGCUGUCGUGGGCGCCCCUUGUCUUCGGCUACGUCACUGAGGAUGGGGACACGUGAGUGAACCUUAGGUUGCCAAACGGAGCCCUAGGACCCGGCGUCUGAUUCCCCAUUAGUUUCUGAUCCCUGAGGCUUCCUAACCUCCUACUCCUAAAUCUGAUUUCCGAUGCUGAACUUCCUGACCUGUAACCCCUGAGUCCUAACUUUUAACAAAACCAAUCUUCUAUCCAGCUGUGAUGCUAACCCAAUCAUUUCAGACCUUCCUUUCUUGAACUAUGAUUCUCAGCUCCUGGAAUCCACAUUCUGUCCACGGAUACCCAAACCCGACUCCAGUCCUGAGGCUUUUGUUAGAACUGUGGCUUCUCCUGACUUCGAACCUCCAAAUAUAAUCUUUGAUUCUUAGUUCCUGAUGUGAGCCUUAGACUGAUUUCCGAAAUUAAUACUUGGUCCCUGACUCUAAGAUCUUGUUUUCUGAGCAGUGUUCUUCAAGUCUUAAAAGAGUGAGAAUGUAAGUUCUCCUAUGUUGAAUUCCUAAUUGAAGUAGAAAAAUAGAAAAAGAAAAAAGAAUGUAAGCUCCAUGAAACCAAGGAUUCAUCUGUUGAACAAAUAUUCUUUACAUAUUACCACAUUCCAGGCUUCGUUUUAGGUGCUAGUGAUAAAGGCAGUGAAGAAAACAGACAAAAAACUAAAGCCCUUGUGAAGGAGACGUUUUAUUUUAGUGGGGCUAAACAGAUUGAUAAGACAGCAAGGAAGGAAAGAAACAGAAAGACAGAAAGAAACAAAGACAUGCAGAAAGAAAGACACAGAAAGUAAGAGAAGGAAAGAAAGUCACAGGUUGUCAGUACUUUGGAGAAAAAUAAAGCAGGAAAAUGAGGCAAUAGAUAAACAAGAUAAGAGCAUUUCAGGCAGAAGGAACUGCAAUUGCAAAGGCCCAGAUGAGGGACUGUACUGGGUUUUUUUGUCUGUUGUGUUUACUGCCCUAUGCCCAGUGAUGCAGGCAGUGCCUGUCCCAGGAAGCAGUUAAUAAAUACUGAUCUUACCAAAGAACCAGCUUUAGGUUUAUUAAUUUUUGUUAAUUAAUUUGGUUUCAUUAAUUUUAUUUUAGUUUUCAAUUGGUCUUUGAUUCUUAGCUCACUCCAAAGUGUGAGCUACUGCGCCUGGCCAACAACUCUGUCCUGUGACUCUUGCAAGCCUGGUCUCUACAGACUCUUCCUCCAUGUCCAUCUCCUGACCUCAGACAACCUGAUGGGCUCUGCUUGGGGUCCCCUCUCUCAACCGUGGCUCUCAAGACCAUAAGCUGUGGCAGUCAAGUGGCACUGCAUUUGGCUGUGAUUCAUCAGCACGAACCCUUCCUGGAUUUUCUUCUAGGCUUCUCAGCCGGCACUGAGUACAUGGACCUGCAGAAUGACCUAGGCCAGACGGCCCUGCACCUGGCAGCCAUCCUGGGGGAGGCAUCCACGGUGGAGAAGCUGUAUGCAGCAGGCGCUGGGCUGUGCGUGGCAGAGCGUGGGGGCCACACGGCGCUACACCUGGCCUGCCGUGUGGGGGCACUUGCCUGUGCCCGUGCCCUGCUUCAGCCCCGCCCUCGGCGGCCCAGGGAAGCCCCGGACACCUACCUCGCUCAUGGCCCAGACCACAAUCCCGACACCAACCAUACCCCUGUCACCUUGUACCCCGAUUCUGACUUGGAGAAGGAAGAAGAGGAGAGUGAGGAGGAGUGGAAGCUACAGCUGGAGGCUGAAAACUAUGAGGGCCACACCCCACUCCACGUGGCUGUUAUCCACAAAGAUGCAGAGAUGGUCCAGCUGCUCCGAGAUGCCGGAGCUGACCUCAACAAACCGGAGCCCACGUGUGGCCGGAGCCCCCUGCACUUGGCAGUGGAGGCCCAGGCGGCCGAUGUACUAGAGCUUCUCCUGAGGGCAGGUGCCAACCCUGCUGCCCACAUGUACGGUGGCUGCACUCCCCUGGGCAGUGCCAUGCUCCGGCCCAACCCCAUCCUUGCCCGCCUCCUCCGUCAACACGGAGCCCCUGAGCCUGAGGACGAGGACGACAGACCCGGCCCCUGGAGCAGCAGUAGCGACAGCGACAGCGGAGAUGAGGGCGAUGAAUACGACGACAUUGUGGUUCACAGCGGCUGCUGCCAAACCCGGUUGCCUCCCACCCCAGCCUCGAAACCUCUUCCUAACGACCCCCGCCCUGUCUGAUUCAUUUGAUUGUUAAUAUAAUUUCCAAUUUAAUAAAUAAAACCCCAAUUCUGAAAACCAGAAA